AUGCCUUUCUUAGUCCUAAGCGACUACGUUUGGAAGGCGGUGUUGGCGGCAACCGGACGAGGUCAUCUUCUCCUCAUGUGCGGUAGCUACCCCAGCUUUUCUUCAUCGGAAGCAGAAAAGUAUAAGGACGGACUAAUCGAGUGGUCUCUAGACCGCAAUGUGCCGCAUACGACCUCAGGCCUUCCGGGGUAUCCCGGUGGGCACGAGGACUCUAUCUAUGAGGUAGUGGGCAUGGGUGAGGGAAAGUACGUGCAUGUGGGUUUGAGGGCUCAUGUCACGAACUUAGUUUGGGAUAACCUUAAUGCAGUUGGGCCGUCAGAUGCACUGGUUGUGCAACUGCACUGCGAUGGCAUCACAAUCUAA